GUAAACACACAAGAACAGAGUAGUGUGCGUAGAAACAGCCACUGCGGCUGUGCUGUGCAACGUAUUGAUGUAAACAUUUUGUUGUCACUGUUAUUUCAGUGCGUGCGUAUCGUUGAUCGUAUGGAAAAUUAUCAAGACGAGCUGGAAAUAUGUGAACAGCUGUUUUCAAUUUAUUGACAACAAUUUAUGAAUGAACUAUUCAAUUAGGUUCAAGUAGAGUCUGAAGCUGAGAAGUGUUGAAAAUUCUUUGUUUUAGAAACUCUGUUUUCGCUUCGAAGGUCGUUUAUUUACAAUAAAUUAUGCGUGCAGUUUGAAAGAUUAUUAUGAACUAGAUGUUGUUAUGUGUAAUCAGUGGCCAAAAGGAUAUUUUUAAUUUGGAUUUUGAAUCGACGUAGCCGUAUUGCAAGUAAAAUGCCGUCGCUUCUAGAAGCACUAGCGCGGAAGUAUGGAGCGAAGGGAGAAGUGAACCCUACUAUAGACGAUAUGCCGGUGGCCAUCUUCGUGCCCAAACGGUCGCCCCGUCUCAGUGUGCCCACUCUUCUAGUCCUGAACGAUUGUGAGAUCGACUGCGCGGGAGACGCGCGAGGCCUGGCCGAUAAGUGCGCGGACGUCGUUGAACUGGACCUCGCUAACAACAAGCUUACUGAAUGGCGAGAGAUAUUUGCAAUACUAGAACACACGCCUCGUGUCCGCUUUCUGAACUUGAGUUUCAACCGGCUCUCGGCCCAAAUCCAGGCGGCGCAGGCGCUUCACCCGCGCUGGGACAGUCUCAGCCACCUCGUCCUCAACUCCACGUACGUCGGCUGGUCCGGCGUCACCGCGCUACUCAAGGCUCUCCCAGCUCUAGAAGAGCUGCACUUGAGCCUAAACGAGUACUCCUACGUCGACUUCAGUGGAAAGGACGUCAAAGAAUCAGACAGAUGCGAAGACUGCUCGCGGCUAAACGUCGAAAUGCCUGAACCGGUCCACGAACAGCUAAAGAAACUGCAUUUCUCCGGCAACCCAGUCAGUAGCUGGCAGGAAAUCUCCAAGUUAGGAUACGCCUUCCCCAACCUAGAAACGUUACUGGUGAACGACUGCCCCAUAACGACACUAGCACCAGAUCCGUGCGAUAAGUGCAGCGACAGCAAUGGGAAUAAGAAGAGUCACGACGCUUUCUCACGACUCCGUUUCCUGAACCUCAACAACACCGACCUGUCGACGUGGGACGAGGUGGAUCGACUAGCAAAAUUCCCCGCCUUGAAAAGUUUACGGGCACAGGGUUGGCCGCUAUGGGAGCGCGGCGAAGCGACGGAGCACGAGCGAAGGUUGCUCCUGGUGGCGCGGCUACCGCACGUCCGCACGCUUAACGGGGGCGGCGCGGUGCCGGUGGAGGAACGCGACGCGGCCGAGCGGGCCUUCAUCAGAUACUACAUGGAGAAGCCUGAGGCUGACCGCCCGGAUAGGUACUGGGAGCUGGUGUCGGUGCACGGCAAGCUGGACCCGCUGGUGUCGGUGGACCUGCGGCCCGAGAAGCGUGUGCAGAUCACCUUUACCUGCGGCACCACGAGCGAGGUGCGCACCGUCGACGUAUACAGAACCGUUUCAGACUUGAAAUCCAAACUAGAGCAGCUAGCCGGUUUCCCCGCAUCCAAAAUGAGAUUAUUCUAUGUCGAUCAAGAACUCCGGGAUGGAGAGCUAUUCCCUGGUCCUGAGGAGAUGAAGUUCCCAACGAAGCAGCUAUACUCUUACAACAUUCGGUCCGGAGACGAGAUCAUAAUCGAGUCGAAGCUCGCGCACUCCAUAUCAGUGAACUCGACUGGGUGAGACGUGAUGCCGGCCUCUAUUGGUUAAGCGAAGCUUACCGGCCCUACUAAAAUUGUCCUUUUCGUGCUGUGAGGGCUUAUAAACACAGCAUAUCUUUUAAAUCUUUACAAAAUCUUCAUAUUGUUCACAAGAACUGAUGCGAGUGAUCCUGGACAAAUCUUAUGCAUGUUUUUUUUGUUUUGUUACGGCAUAGGUAAGCUACGUUUAUCCAUAGAACGAGGCCUUAGUCGGUGCCACGCCGUUAUGUUGGUUGCAUUUCAUGUAAUUUUGACUGAUGUUCUGAUGUUUUUUUAUAUUGUGAUUGUGACCGGAAUUUUAAUGAUUUGCUUUUCUAUUCAAUGUGUGCGUCGGAAAAUUAAUAUUAAGAAUUUAAUAACGUUCUUCACGACGAAAUGCAACUAACCUUACAGAAAUAGUGUAUUUUUGACUUUUAAAAAUCAGCCUAAAGCCAUUUGAAAGAAUAUGCUAGCGAGUUUAGAGUUUUCCAGUACUCCAGUGUAUGUCAUUUUAUGUAGGUACUAACAAAAUGUUGAAUGGGACUAUUUUAGUUAUUUUUAUUCAUCAUCUUAAUUUUUUGUUUCAUGUAAACUGUCAUUUAACCAUUUUAUCGUAAUCACAAGUAUUAGCGCUCUCACUAUGUGAAUCUAACGGUUGUCACAAGUAUAGUAGAUUUAAGUUUUUGCCACGAGCUAUAAGCUUGUCUAUAAAAGAUUAUUUUUUUAUUUCUUCUAUUGUUCCAAGAAAUCAAUAAAAUUCUGAUUGGAAUCUUAUGACUUAAAUUAAGCAUUUCUGUCUUAAAUUAUCGAAAAUGACUAUGGUUUAUAAAUCAAUCGGAUUUUUCUAUUUUUUUUUAUUUUUGCAAUAAGCAACUGUGAUAAUAAAUUAUAAAUGAUGGCUAAAUCUAAAAUUUAUUACCGUCUUUGUAAAAAUGCAUCACAUAAUAUUUUGUGUAUGCUACAUCCAGGUACAUACAUACGUAGAUAUUCGGCUAGGUGUUGUAAAUUGCUUGAUAACACAACAUAAAGUGAUACUAACUGCCAUUUUGCGAAAGUAUACCACGUGUCUUUAAGAUCAAGGUUUUAAAUUGAAUAUGAUAAUUUGGUAGUUAUAAUAUAGGUAAAAAUUGUCAAUAAAACUAAUGAAGGCUGUUUCAAAUUGUUUUACAGUGCUAAAUGUAACUGCUGAAAUCUAUAGCUGCCAAAUAUGGUAUCAAAAUCAUGAAGUCUGUAUCAAAAUUCAUUACAGUACA